AGAGAGCAAGAGAGGGCUCGCCAUCUAGUUCGCCGACUAAGCAGAAGAAAGACCAGAGAACGGAGGGGAGGCGACGAGCAGACAGGCGCGCUCGGGAUCCAGCGCCUCCUCUCCCAGCGGACAGCUCUCCAAGAAUCCCAGCUCCGUGCCUCCGGGAGACAAAGGCGUCCGAGGGAGGGGCGGCGCGACCCCCAGGCUGGGCCCCGCCGCGGAGCCGCACGCCGGUCUGCCCGGACGGCCACGGACCAUGUCUCCCGCCGCACGGCCCGCCCGCAGCCCGCUGCUCCCUCUGCUCGCGCUCGCCGCCGCGCUCGCCCCCCUCAGCUCGGCCCAAAGCAGCUUCAGCCCCGAAGCCUGGCUGCAGCAAUAUGGCUACCUGCCCCCUGGGGACCUGCGUACCCACACGCAGCGCUUACCUCAGUCACUCUCAGCUGCCAUCGCUGCCAUGCAGAGGUUCUACGGUCUGCGAGUGACGGGCAAGAUGGAUACAGACACCAUGAAGGCCAUGAAGCGCCCCCGCUGUGGUGUUCCAGACAAGUUUGGGGCUGAGAUCAAGGCCAACGUUCGAAGGAAGCGCUAUGCCAUCCAGGGCCCCAAAUGGCAGCAUAACGAGAUUACUUUCUGCAUCCAGAAUUAUACCCCCAAGGUAGGCGAGUAUCGCACCUAUGAGGCCAUCCGCAAGGCCUUCCGCGUGUGGGAGAGUCACACACCGCUGCGUUUCCGAGAGAUACCCUAUUCCUACAUCGAGAAUGGCCAUGAGCAUGCCGACAUCAUGAUCAUGUUUGCUGAGGGCUUCCAUGGCGACAGCACACCCUUCGAUGGCGAGGGUGGCUUCCUCGCACACGCCUACUUCCCAGGUCCCCACAUCGGAGGCGACACCCACUUUGACUCUGCUGAGCCCUGGACUGUCGAAAAUCAGGAUCUGAAUGGUAAUGACAUCUUUCUGGUGGCCGUGCAUGAGCUGGGCCACGCCCUGGGCCUCGAGCAUUCCAGUGAUCCCUCGGCCAUCAUGGCGCCCUUUUACCAGUGGAUGGACACAGAGAACUUUGUGCUGCCCGAUGAUGACCGCCGGGGCAUCCAGCAACUUUAUGGGAGUAAGUCAGGCCCCACCAAGAUGCCCCCUCAACCCAGGACCACCUCCAGGCCCUCUAUCCCUGAUAAGCCCAAAAACCCCACAUAUGGGCCCAACAUCUGUGACGGGAACUUUGACACUGUGGCUGUGCUUCGAGGGGAGAUGUUUGUCUUCAAGGAGCGCUGGUUCUGGCGGGUGAGGAAUAACCAAGUGAUGGAUGGCUACCCAAUGCCCAUCGGCCAGUUCUGGCGGGGCCUGCCUGCAUCCAUCAACACUGCCUACGAGAGGAAGGAUGGCAAAUUUGUCUUCUUCAAAGGAGAUAGGCACUGGGUGUUUGACGAAGCGUCCCUGGAGCCUGGCUACCCCAAGCACAUUAAGGAGCUGGGCCGAGGCCUGCCUACUGAUAGGAUUGACGCCGCCAUCUUUUGGAUACCCAAUGGAAAGACCUACUUCUUCCGGGGAAACAAGUACUACCGUUUCAACGAGGAGCUCAGGAUGGUGGAGAACGACUACCCCCAAAACAUCAAGAUCUGGGAAGGAAUUCCUGAGUCUCCCAGAGGGUCAUUCAUGGGCAGUGAUGAAGUCUUCACAUACUUCUACAAGGGGAACAGAUACUGGAAAUUCAACAACCAGAAGCUGAAAGUAGAGCCAGGCUACCCCAAGUCAGCCCUGCGGGACUGGAUGGGCUGCCCUUCGGAGGGCCGGCCAGAUGGGGGGACUGAGGAGGAAACGGAGGUGAUCAUCAUCGAGGUGGACGAGGAAGGCAGCGGGGCAGUGAGCGCAGCCGCUGUGGUGCUGCCUGUGCUGCUGCUGGUGCUGGUGCUGGCGGUGGGCCUCGCAGUCUUCUUCUUCAGACGCCACGGGACCCCCAAGCGACUGCUCUAUUGCCAGCGGUCCCUGCUGGACAAGGUCUGACCCCCAUCGCUGCCCGCCCACUCCUACCACGUGGACUUUGCCUCUGAAGGCCAGUGGCAGCAGAUGGUGGUGGGUGGGCUGCUCCCACCCCAUCCAAGCUCUCUCCCCACCCCGCCUCCCUUCUCUGUUCCAUGACUGGCCCCUCCCACCUCAACCCUGGCAUUGCUUCUUCCCUAGAUGGGUCCCCUGGGGGCUGAACAGGGGCCACCCCUUCCAGUCCCUGCCCCUCAAGGGCCCCUGUAGCUUGGUGUAUGUCCAGCCCCAUCUGAAUGUCUUGUCUCUGCACUUGAAGGCAGGACCCUCAGACCUCACUGGUAAAGGUCAAAUGGGGUCAUCUGCUCCUUUUCCAUUCCCUGACAUACCUUUAACCUCUGAACUCUGACCUCAGGAGGCUCUGGGCACUCCAGCCCCGGCAGGCCCCCAGGUGUACCCAAUUGGCAGCCUCCCACCACUCUUUCUGGCUAAAAGGAAUCUAACCUUUUGUCUGGGGAGAACCUGAGAGAAGGUGAAGGGGGAGCUGCAUAGCCACCGUAAGACCUAGGGAGGGAAGUUCAGAGAGGGUCAGUCUUUUCCACGAAGAUCUGCCUCCCCCUCCUUCUGCCCCCAAGAACGUCGUGGAAGGAGCCUGAGCCAUUAUGGAGUGAACUGAGGCUGCAGAAACCCUGGACAGCCCUACUCUCCCAAAUGUUAGCCUUGGAUGCGGAUGUCAAGUUGGAAGAGCUGAGGUCAGGGAGUGCAGUGCCUGGAGUGAGUCUCUAUAGGAAGAGACUCAGUCCGGAGCCCUGGGGGUGAGCCUCAAGGCCACAGAGAAAGAAGCUUGCUUAAAUGCAGGCAGCUGGGGCAAGUGCCAGGGGCAGAGCAGUCAGAGGGGAUAGGAUGGGACCAAAAGGAGGUUCAGCAGGAGUGGACAGCUGGAGGUUGAGCAGGCCAUCAGGGAUGCACAGGGGGGACUGGUACCUGGGGGAAGGCACAUUUUAUUGGCGCUAGAGGAAGAGCCCAAGAAAGGCACACCUGCUCGCUUAGUGCCUUCCCUCUGACCAGAGAGCAUAGAGGGAAAGGGGAAGGAGCUCAGAAAAAGCAGCAAAGAUGGCACAUGUGAGGACUGGCAACUGGCCCUUAAUGAGAGUAGCUACCUAGUUAGAGAGCAGAAAGCUCCCAGCAGCAGGCAGCACCGAGUCGGCAAGCCUCAGAGAGGGCAGGUGCCUGUGCAUUUCUUGUUUCUUGGUCAGGUUACCUCCUCACUUCCUGAUGCCCCCACCCCUCAGCCCGUCCUAUCUGUGUCCUGCCCUCCCCUCAUCCCCACCCAGCCCAUCCAUUUGAAGUCUCCUUCAGCCACCUAAGGUGGUCAUGGUACUGGGGACUUGGGAAAGUGAGAGACCCUUCUGGGAGUGAAAAGAGAGGGAUGUCAGGGGUGGGGCAUUGGGGGGGUUGGGGGAAAAUGGGGUGAACGGUGCUGGCAGUUCAGCUAAAUUUGUCUUGUUUGGGAUUUUUGUUUUGUUUAAUGUAUAUUUUUAUUAUAAUUAUUAUAUAUGAAUUCCCUUCAAAUCGUUCCUUUUUGUUAACAAGGGGCAUGGGGAGGGAUGGGGGUGGGGGGGCAGAGGCAUUGACCCCAGGAACCUGCAGGGCGGGGCUGGGUCAGUGCCCUCUAAGGAUAUUUUUGACCUUGUUCAACCUUUCCACAAAAAAUAAAUGGUGUUUCACAUUC